AGACGGAUACGCCAAGUCCAAAGGAUUGAAUAUUAGGUGUAUAUAAAGGUAAAUGUCUAGACCGCCUUACAAUGAAGACUUUCGCUUCUGGGGUGGAUACUCUUGACCUUAUUCACCAUGUUGUCGACUGCCCUUCAUACGGCGGUCGGCUUUUCUCUGCUGUUGCCAUUGGCUCGAGCUCAAUUCCCACCAACGCCGGAAAAUGUCACUGUUCUUGAAUCGAAAUUCGACAAUGGCGUUAAGAUUAGCUAUAAGGAGCCAGGCAUCUGUGAAACAACUCCGGGAGUCAAAUCGUAUGCGGGAUAUGUAUCUCUACCUCCCGGUUCUCUCGCCGAUCUAGGAGAAGACCAAGAAUAUCCUAUCAACACAUUUUUCUGGUUCUUCGAGGCGAGAAACAACCCAGAGAGUGCACCACUGUCAAUAUGGCUGAACGGCGGUCCUGGAAGUAGUUCAUUGUACGGACUCUUCACUGAGAACGGACCUUGCUACGUCAAUUCCGACUCCAAUUCAACUACUUUGAGCCAAUGGGCAUGGAAUACAGAUGUCAAUAUACUAUUCCUAGACCAACCGACCCAAGUGGGCUUUUCAUACGAUGUUCUACAAAACAUCACACAAGAUCUCGUCACGGGUGAUGUCGUUAAACUUAACGCCUCCGACCCCGUCCCUGAGCAAAACACCACCCUCCUAAUCGGCACAUACCCGAGUCAAAACCGUAGCCAAACCGCGAAAGGUACGCGGAAUGCCGCUAUCGCGCUAUGGCACUUCGCACAGACCUGGUUCCAAGAGUUUCCAGGAUACCACCCGAACGACUCGCGAAUCAGCAUCGCCACUGAAUCAUAUGGUGGACGAUAUGGCCCCGAAUUCGCAGCGUUUUUCGAGGAGCAGAAUCAGAAAAUCGAGAAUGGCACGUGGGAGGAUGAGGGCGAGAGCUAUAUUAUCAACCUGGACACGCUGAUCUUGAUUAACUCCUGCAUCGAUCGCCAGAUCCAAUGGCCAGCAUACCCGCAUAUCGCGUAUAAUAAUACGUAUGGCAUAGAGUCCGUCAACGAGACUAUCUAUCAGCAGAUGGUCAAUGCGCUCGAACGACCUAACGGGUGUCGCGAUCAAAUUAACGAUUGUCGCGCGUUAGCCCUAGAGUCGGAUCCGGAUAACAUCGGUAUUAACGCGACGGUGAACCAGGUCUGUUCUGAUGCGGAAACCUUCUGUUCGAACAAGGUCCGCGAUCCGUAUCUCGACUACUCCGGGCGGAACUACUACGAUUUCGCCUCACUAGAUCCGAAUCCCUUCCCUGCACCCUUUUACAACCAAUAUCUCAACCAACCACACGUCCAACGUGCUCUAGGCGUACCGCUAAACUUCACACAAUCAUCUAGCGCCGUCGCUUACGCCUUCCGCGCCAUCGGCGAUUACCCGCGACCGGGUUGGAUCGAAGACCUAUCCUACCUACUCGAAAACGGAAUUAAAGUGCACAUGAUCUACGGCGACCGGGACUACGCAUGCAACUGGAUCGGCGGCGAAGCCGUAAGUCUAGCCGUAAAUUACACGCACUCCGAGCAAUUCCGCGCUGCGGGGUACACCGAUGUAGUCGUCAACGAGACGUAUGUCGGCGGACAAGUCCGCCAAUACGGAAACUUUUCAUUUUCGCGUGUAUACGAAGCAGGUCACGAAGUACCGGCUUAUCAACCCGAAACUGCGUAUCAGAUGUUCCACCGCGCGUUAUUUAACAAAGAUAUUGCUACUGGAACCGUGGAUUUAGUAGGGAAUGACGAGUAUAAGACUGAGGGCCCGAGUGAUACGUGGGCCAUUAAAAAUGAUAAUCCACCCGAUUUACUACAUUUUUGCUAUAUAUACGAUACCUCGACAUGUACGGAAGAGCAGAUAGAGAGCGUGUUGAAUGGAAGCGCGAUUAUUCUGCAUGGUAUUGUGAAGGAUAAGAAUUCUACGCAAUUAUUCCCGGAGUUCUUUGGCGAUGGAGAUGGACAGGGUGGUUCCCCUUCGGCUUCACCGUCUGCGUCGCCUACACCGACGGGUAGUAGUGCGGCCACUCGUACUACAGGAGUUGGUGUUGACGUGAGGACGGUUGGGUUUUGGGCCGGUGCUGCGGCGCUGGUGUGUGCUUUCUUGACUUGAUUUGAUAGCUCAUAAGUAUACAUGGACAUUUUAUGUUGAAGUGAACAAUUUUCUUGCGCAUAAAAUUUAUUAUUGAGUAUAGAUUGUCUUCUAUUCUAUGUUAACGGCGAGGCCAGUUCGUAGUGGGAGUU